AUGGGAGAUGAGGGUCCGUGGAUUUGCAAGGAAUUCCAACCUCUGCACAACCAUGACAAGGAAGCAUUAGAUGAGUUGCGAUUUCUGAGAUCAAACCGUUCCGUGUCAGAAUCCCUAGUUGCUCAAGUGAGGUCAAUGAACCAAGUUGGGAUAAGAACUUCACACAUCAUCUCCCACUUGGUAAUGCAGUCUGGUGGGUACAAAAGGAUGCCUUGCCAGCUACGAGACAUUUACAAAAAAGUCACCCACGUCAAAAGGAAAGAGAAAAGAUACAUAGAUUCAGAUGGUGCUUUGGGAUAUUCUCGACGGAUAUUCUGGGCGGACGGAUAUUCUCGACGGGACUUCGUCGCAUUCAGUGAGGUUAUUGGAUUUGACACAACAUAUAUGACAAACAAAUAUAAUAAACCCCUGACAAUUAUUUUGGGCGUCAAUCAUCAUUUCAAGACCUACAUAUUUGGAAUGGCACUGCUUAACUUUAAGGAUGAGAAAACUUACUUUUGGUUGCUUGACAAAUUUAUUGAAUACCACAAUCAUGUAACACCAAAAGUUGUGGUGACAGAAGGAGAUGGAGCUAUCAAAAAUGUUGUCUUGAAGUACUUCCCAAAUGUAACUCACCGGUUGUGCGUGUGGCACCUAUGUACCAACGCUUUAAAAAUUUCAAAAGACCCUCGAUUCUUAGAAGGAUUUCAAGAUGUCAUGUACAACUAUUACACAAUAGAGGAAUUCAUCAAAAAAUGGGGGGAAUUAAUACACAAUUUUGACCUCCAUUCUAGCCAAUGGUGCACCAACACUUAUCACAGUCGUCGUUCAUGGGCAGAGACAUACCUAAGAGGGAAAUUUGUCGCCGGAAUGCGGACCAACCAAAGAUGUGAGUCCAUGAAUUCAAGUAUUAAAAAAUUCCUACAUGCAAGUUAUAGUCUCCGUGAAUUCAUUACCUCGAUUGACGUUGCUAUGAAAAAGUUGAGGCACGUCGAGAGAGUAGAUGAUUACAAUAGUCGACACAGUAGUCUUCCAAUACCAGGUCCCAAAAAUGCUCUUAAGAUGUACCAUGAGCAGUGUGCCAAAUUAUACACAAGAAAUAUGUACUAUAAAGUGGCUGAUCAAAUCAAAGCGGAACAAGUGUACAUUGUCAACAAUUGUGAAAAAAUCGGUGAAUAA